AUGCCAUCGUUACAAGAAUUAUUAUCUCGGGUCAUCGAUAAGGAUAUAAGCAUUGAGGUUUUACAUCUUCGAAGACCCUCAGAGGAAUGCUGUCCGUUAGUUUCUCAAAAAGUUACAAAUGCUACGCAAUCGAUGCAUACAAUCAAAAGUCAGCAUUUUAUUGUGCUAAGUCAAAACAAGCAGGUCUUCUAUGGGAUAGAAGUAUAUGUUUACUUUACGAUUGAUCAAUUAUCUAAAACCGGGGAAAGGCUGUAUUUUAUUUCUAAGGCCGAUUCCAAUGGUUAUUGUGAGGCGAACAUAAGCAUAAAAGCCGUCACGGAAAUGAUAUUAGACUACUUAUUGGGUAUUGAUCCUGCCUCUUACCUUGCCAAGAUUAAACCCAAAUGUCGUAAUCUCAAGCGGUUCAAAAAUGUAAUUUCAAGAGCAACAAAUCAAAAGCGCGCUCUCCUAAUACUCUCAAAGAGACUUAAAGAUUCGCAUCGAAAUAUUCCUGUAAUGAAUGAACGAGAUUUAUAUGUAUCUUUUGACUGUGAAAGGAUCAACUGGGUUACAAAAAUUUGUCUUUUUACCCGUGCCGAACCUCAGUAUCUAUUUGCAGAGUCAUCAAAAAACCCGAACAAGCACAUUCUUAACGGGCAGCAGCUACUCAAGUGGUGGUUGUGCAUAAUAGACAAUGUCACCUGCAAAAAUUUUACGGAUGGUACUCAAGCAAGAAUUCGAAUACCAGGUGAAGAGCCCUCCUUCAUCAUGAAGUAUAUCUCAGCUACUAGAUUUCCCAACUGGCAAGUUGGUGAUAUUUUCGAAGGUUCGCCAAAAGAUUUGGCUAUUUUGAGGAUUCCUAUGUUUCCUGACGAUCCUAAGGGUAGAUUUUUAGAUCAUUUGCUUGAAGACGGACGAAUCAAGGCGGUUCAAAUCGACGCGUUCUGGACAGAAUUGCAGGCUCAGCAAGAAUUUCGCCUCGGCGCAACCGUCUCAGUAAUCGGAGUAGCCGGGCAGGUUUUGACAAGAAGUAUCGAGGCUUUUGAUAAAGACGUCAUUACCACUUCUUCAAAAAAGCAGUUCAAUUUCCUCAAAAGUUAUGUUACUGGUGAAGAAUAUGAUUCGAGAGAAGGUGCUCUUGAUGCAUACAUGAAUUUGCGUGAUUACCUGAGCCUCAAGAUGAAUCGCGAAAUGCUUCGUGUAGGAGGUGUAAAAGCUGUACCAAAGGCCAAUCAAAUUCGAUAUCAUAGAGGCGUUACCAAAGUUAAUGAUUUAAAUACAAUGAUAGUACGUAAGAAAAGAAAAUGA